AUGGUGAGGAUGGUGCGGCAGCAGUGGCGUGGGCCCCCCGUGGGUACAGGCAUCGUGGCCGUGCUGCUGCUCUGCGUGGUGACUGAGGCUGCCAGAGGGAGGUGGUGUGAGCAGACAGAGCAGGUGACAGAGGAGGAGGUGGUGACACCCCGGCGUGAGGACGUGGUGCCGUGCCCCAGCAUGUACCAGUACAGCCUGGCAGGUUGGCGCAUUGACCUCAACCGCAUGCGCCACGUCUAUGGGGGGGAGCACGGUGUGCCCCCAACCAGCACCCAUCCCGGGGCUGCCAUGUGCUACAUCUACAGACCCCCGGAGACGCAGCUGGUGGUGCGGAACCGCACGGUGCGUGCCUGCUGUGCCGGCUGGAGCGGGCCCCACUGCACAGAAGCGGAGGGCUUGCUGGGACAGUGCCACGCCAGCUGGCAGUGCCAGGACGCGCUGGGUGCCCACAACCUCUCUGCCAUGAGCAUGGCCGAGUGCUGCCGCCGGCCCUGGGGGCACAGCUGGAGGAACGGCUCCUCUGCUCUGUGCUUCACCUGCAGCCGCCAGCCCCUCACCGGUGAUGUACCCCUGCCCGCAGCACCGCGGGGUCCUGCUGCCCGGCACCGUGGACCCACUGCCAGCUGCACCACGUGGGCCGGAUCCCGGUACCGCAGCUUCGACGGGCGGCACUUUGGCUUCCAGGGCGAAUGUGCCUACAGCCUGGCCGCCUCCACCGACAGCACCUGGGCCGUCAGCAUCACCACAGGCAGCGCGCCGGUGCUGCACAUGAUGUUUGGGCUGGACACGGUGGUGGCACGGGGGCUCAACGUCUCUGUGAAUGGCGUGGCAGUGCCGGAGGGACAGCCGCACCUGCACGGCGGGAUCAGUGUCUCCUGGCUCGGGGACUUUGUGGCUGUGGACAGCGGGCUGGGUGUGCGCCUCAGGUUGGACGGGCGCGGGACGGUCUAUGUGACAGUCAGCGCGGAGCUGCGGGGCAGCACACAGGGGCUCUGUGGCCCCUACAAUGACGACCCGACUGAUGACUUCCUGCGGGUUGAAGGGGACGUUGCCCCGUUGGCUGCCAGCUUUGGGAACUCCUGGAGGAUCCUGGAUGCCGACCCUGAGCUCUCCUGCAGUGACGCGGUGGAGCCCCGUCCCAGCUGUGCCGUGGGCAGCGCAGCACAGCAGGCGGCCGAGGCCACGUGUGGGAUGCUGCUCACCGACCCCUUCCACCAGUGCCACGAAGCGGUCGACCCCCGUGGCUUUUACAAGGCCUGCCUGGAGCUGCACUGCAGGGAGGGGGGAACGGGGCCCUCGCCACCCGCUGCUGUCUGCGACACGUUGGCUGCCUACGUGCGGGACUGCGCCCAGCGGAGAGCCUACAUCGAGUGGCGCCGGCCGGGCCUCUGCGAGCGGCAGUGCGGCCAGGGGCAGCGCUACUCGGACUGCGUGUCCUCCUGCCCCGCCAGCUGUGUGGCUGCAGGCACUGCCGAGGAGGGACACUGCCGGGACGACUGCGCCAGCGGCUGUGAGUGCACCCCGGGGCUCCUCCUGGAUGGGGGGGCCUGCAUCCCACAGAGCGCCUGCCCCUGCCUGCACCGCGGCCGCACGUAUGCCCCAGGGCAGAGCAUCCGCCAGCGCUGCAACCAAUGCACGUGCCGGGGGGGACGAUGGAUCUGCACCCAGGACCGGUGUGCGGCGGAGUGUGCGGUGCUGGGGGGUCUGCACUAUGUCACCUUUGACCACCGACGCUUCUCCUUCCCUGGCGCUUGCGAGUACACCCUGGUGCAGGACUUUGUGGAGGGGAUGCUGCGGAUCACAGCGGAGCAGGAGGCGUGCGGUGGCCACCAGCCCCUCAGCUGCCUCCGGGCGCUCUCCAUCACAGUGCCGGGGGCCUCAGCCCACCUGCACAGCACAGGAGAGGUGGUGGUGGACGGGCGCGUGGUGCCGCUGCCCUUUGCCAGUGCUGCGCUGACCGUACGCCGAGCCUCCUCCUCCUUCCUGCUGCUCCAGACCUUUGCGGCCCACCUGCUGUGGGGACUGGAGACCCCUGCAGCGUACAUCACCCUGCAGCCUGCCUUUGCCAACAAGGUGCGUGGGCUCUGCGGGACCUACAACUGGGACCAGCGGGAUGACUUUGCCACGCCGGUGGGUGAUGUGGAAAUCAGUGUCACUGCCUUUGCCAACAAGUACCGGGUGUCCACCGACUGCCCCGCGCUCGGCCCCGUCCCCUUUGAGCCCUGCAGCACCUACGCCCCGCGGAGGGAACUCGCUGCUACCGCCUGUGCCAUCCUGCACGGCGCAUCCUUCCAGCCCUGCCACCACCUCGUGGACUGGGAGCCCUUCCACCAGCUCUGCCUCUAUGAUGUCUGUGCCUGCCCAGCUGGAAAGCACUGCCUGUGCCCUGCGCUGGCUGCCUACGCCCGGCAGUGUGCCCAGGAGGGAGCAGCCCUGAGCUGGAGGAAUGAGAGCUUCUGCGGCACUCAGUGCACAGGGGGCCAGGUGUACCAGGAGUGCAGCAGCCCCUGCGGCCGGACCUGUGCCGACCUGCGUCUGGACAGGGCCAGCUCCUGCCCUGGCCUUGACAACAUCUGCAUCUCUGGCUGCAACUGCCCCCAGGGGCUGGUGCUGGAUGAUGGGGGGCAGUGCGUCCCACCGGGUGUCUGUCCCUGCCAGCACGGCGCCGAGAUCUACCCAGCAGGCAGCAAGAUCUGGCAGGGCUGCAGUGCCUGUGUCUGCACUGCGGGUGCCUGGAGCUGCACUGAUGCCCCCUGCCCUGACGCUGCCUUCUGCCCCGGGGACCUGGUCUAUGUUUUUGGGUCCUGUUUGCGCACCUGUGACAGCGCUGAGCCCAAUGGAACGUGCACGGGGAUCGUUGAUGGCUGCGUCUGCCCCCCAGGCACUGUCUUCCUGGACGAGCGCUGCGUGCCCCCGGAGCAGUGCCCCUGCCAGCACAACGGGCGGCUGUACCAGCCCAACGACACCAUCGUCAGGGACUGCAACACCUGCGUGUGCCGCCAGCAGCGCUGGCAGUGCAGCAGCGAGGACUGCGUGGGGACCUGCGUGGCCACGGGGGACCCCCACUACGUCACCUUCGACGGGAGGGCCUUCUCCUUCCUGGGGGACUGCGAAUACGUGCUGGUGCGUGAGGUCAGCGGGCUUUUCACCGUCACCGCCCAGAACGUCCCCUGCGGCACCAGCGGCGUCACCUGCACCAAGUCGGUGGUGGUGGAGCUGGGCAACGCCGUGGUGCACAUGCUGCGGGGAAGGGAUGUGACGGUGAAUGGGGUCUCGGUGCGCCCCCCCAAAGCGUACAGCGGGAACGGGCUGACGCUGCAGCGCGCCGGCACCUUCCUGCUGCUGCUGUCCCGCCUGGGACUGGCGGUGCUGUGGGACGGAGGCACGCGGGUGUACGUCCGGCUGCAGCCGCAGCACCGGGGCCGCGUGGUGGGGCUGUGCGGGAACUUCGACCGCGACGCGGAGAAUGACCUGACCAGCCAGCAGGGCGUGCUGGAACCCACCGCCGAGCUCUUCGGCAACUCUUGGCGAGUCAGCCUGCUCUGCCCUGAGGUGGACGGCGCGACCGCACGGCACCCCUGCACUGAGAACCCACACCGGGCAACGUGGGCCCGCAAGCGCUGCAGCGUCCUGACACAGCAGCUCUUUGUGCCCUGCCACGAUGAGGUGCCGUGCCAGCGCUUCUAUGACUGGUGCAUCUUCGACGCCUGCGGCUGUGACUCCGGGGGGGACUGCGAGUGUCUGUGCACAGCCAUCGCCACCUAUGCCGAGGAGUGCAGCCAGCGCGGCAUCCACAUCCGCUGGAGGAGCCAGGACUUGUGCCCCAUGCAGUGCGAUGGGGGGCAGGAAUAUAGUGCCUGCGGCCCCCCCUGCCCCCAAACCUGCCAGAACUUGGGCCUGGAGCUGCCCGAGCACUGUGACACCAUGUCCUGCCUAGAGGGCUGCUUCUGCCCCGAGGGGAAGGUGCUGCACGAGGGCAGCUGUAUCGACCCCGCCGAGUGCCCGUGCUUCAUGCAGGGCAUCGCCUUCCCAGACAGCGCUGUGGUGCAGCAGGGCUGCAGGAACUGCACGUGCACCGCAGGGCUGUGGCAAUGCGCACCCGCGGCAGAGCCCUGCCCGGCACAGCCCCGCUGCCCGGACUCGGAAUUCCCGUGCCGCACCGGCGGGCGCUGCGUGCCGGGCGCGUGGCUCUGCGACAACGAGGACGACUGCGGGGACGGCUCGGAUGAGGUCUGUGCCCCGCGCUGCGCCCCGCACCAGCACCGCUGCGCUGACGGGCAGUGCGUGCCCUGGGCUGCCCGCUGCGAUGGUUUGUCAGACUGCGGGGACGGCUCGGAUGAGCGCGGCUGCCCACCCCCCCCCUGCGCCCCGCCGGAGUUCCGCUGCGCCGGCGGCCGCUGCAUCCCGCGGGCACGGGUCUGCGAUGGGGAGCUGGACUGCGGCUUCGCCGACGACUCAGACGAGGCAGGCUGCAGCCCGAGCUGUGGUGCGGGUGAGUUCCAGUGCGCGGCGGGACGCUGCGUGCCGUACCCACACCGCUGCAACGGACACGAUGACUGCGGGGACUUCAGCGACGAGCGGGGCUGCGUCUGCCCGGCCGGCCACUUCCAGUGCCCUGAUGCUCUGUGCCUGCCCCCGGCCGCCCUCUGUGAUGGGACGCGGGACUGCGGGGAUGGCACUGAUGAGGCGUUCUGCCCAGACCGCAUCACCUGUGCCCCAGGACAGCUCCCCUGCCCCGAUGGCUCCUGUGUCAGCGAGGUGAAGCUCUGCGAUGGCGUUUGGGACUGCAGAGAUGGAUGGGACGAGAGCUCUGUGCGCUGCAUGGUGUCCUGGGCCCCCCCUGCACCCACCGACCUGCCCACAGUGCCUGCUAAUGGCACAGCAGCACCCGUGUGCGGACCAUAUGAGUUCCCAUGCCGGAGUGGGCAGUGCGUGCCGCGGGGCUGGGUGUGCGACAGCGAGGCCGACUGCCCUGACGACAGCGACGAGCUGGGCUGCAACCGGAGCUGUGCGCUGGGACACUUCCCCUGCGCCCUGGGUGCCCACUGCAUCCCCUACGACCACCUCUGUGAUGGCGUCCCCCACUGCCCCGACCACUCCGAUGAAAGCGACGACAACUGCGGCUCUACCCACAUCCCGCCGUGCCCAGGGCGUUUUGUCUGCAACAACCGUGUGUGUGUGAAUGCAACCAGGGUGUGUGAUGGGGCGAUCGACUGCCCCCAGGGCGAGGAUGAGCUGGCCUGCGAAGGCCGUAUCCCCACUGGCGAGAGGAACCAGACUGUGGGUCCCUGUGCUGAGUACAGCUGUGGGGAUGGCAAGUGCAUCGCCUUCAAGCAGGUGUGCAACGGGCUGCCUGACUGCAGGGACGGGGAUGUGGCCUCAGGGUGGCUGCCCACAGAUGAGAGGGACUGCGGGCACUGGGGCCCCUGGGCACCCUGGGGGAUCUGCAGCCGCUCCUGUGGCCUCGGCCAGCAGCUUCAGGCACGGAAUUGCAGCCAGAGAGCCCCGGGUGUGCUGCACCAGUGCCACGGUGAAGCCACGCAGGCAAGGCCCUGCUUCAUCACUGCCUGCCCUGUGGACGGUGCCUGGAGUGAGUGGACGACGUGGUCCAACUGCACGCAGGGCUGUGAGGGGGUGGUGGUACGGCAGCGGCACUGCCAGCCCCCCCGGGACGGUGGCCGGCCCUGCGCCGCACUGCCCGCCACGGCCCAUGCCACGCUGGAGAUCGGCACGUGCCAGCAGGAUGGGUGCCCCCCUGCCUCCUGUCCCAGGGGGCUGCAGCCCCGGCCCUGCGCCCCAUGCCCCGCAUCCUGCGCCGACCUCGCCGCCCGCACGCCUUGCAGCCAGGAGCAGUGCACCCCAGGGUGCUGGUGCGCAGAGGGGUUGGUGCUGGAUGGCGAGCGCGGCUGCGUGCGCCCACGGGAGUGUCGCUGCGAGGUGGACGGGCUGCACUACUGGCCAGGGCAGCGCAUGAAGCUCAAUUGCCACCUCUGCACCUGCCUGGAUGGGCAGCCCCGGCGCUGCCGCCACAACCCUGCCUGCUCUGUGAGCUGCAGUUGGUCUGCCUGGUCACCCUGGGGUGAAUGCCUGGGGCCCUGCGGUGUGCAGAGCAUCCAGUGGUCCUUCCGCAGCCCCAGCCACCCCAGCAAGCACGGCACCAACCGGCAGUGCCGCGGCAUCUACCGCAAGGCCCGCAGGUGCCAGACAGAGCCAUGCCAGGAGUGUGAGCACCAGGGCCGGAGCCGUGCGCAGGGGGACCGCUGGCGCUGGGGGCCCUGCCAUGUCUGCCAGUGCCUGCCCGGCCCUGAGGUGCGCUGCUCGCCAUACUGUGCCCACAGCGCCAUGGGCUGCCCACAGGGCCAGGUGCUGGUGGAGGGAAAGGGGGAUUCCUGCUGCUUCUGUGCACAGAUAGGUGGCAACGUGACAGCCGUCCCCACGGCACUGACAGUGGAGCACUCCAGCACCGUGCCAGGAGAGCCCCCCGGCAGCCCACUGUCCACAUUCCCACUGCCUCCGCCAGGUGACCCCUGCUUCAGCCCCCUGGGCAUCGCCUCCCUGCCCGAUAGCAGCUUCACCGCCUCAGCCGAGCAGCAGCAGCACCCAGCCCAGGCCGCCCGCCUGCACCACAUCUCCCCAGGGCUGGACCUGCAGGGCUGGGCCCCCCCAGCUGACACCCCUCCCGGGCUGCCUUCUCAGCCACCCUUCCUGCAGCUGGACCUGCUGCAGACCACCAACCUCACUGGGGUGGUGGUACAGGGGGCCGGGGCUGGGGAUGCCUUCAUCACUGCCUUCCAGCUGCAGUUCAGCACGGAUGGGAACCACUGGCACGACUACCGACAGCUCUUCCAGGGCAACUGGGAUGCCACCACGCCGGUGGUGCAGCCGCUGGACCACGUGGUGCAGGCACGCUACGUCCGCGUCGUCCCUCGGCGCUUCCACAACGCCAUCUUCCUGCGGGCAGAGCUGCUGGGCUGCCCCACAGUGCCCCUGGCCGUGACGGUGACGCCGGCAUCCUGUGGCACGGGGGAGUUCUGGUGCGGGGUCAGCUGUGUCACAGCAUCCCGGAGAUGUGAUGGUGUCAUUGACUGCCCUGGGGGUGCCGACGAGGCCGGCUGUGAGCCCCCCAGCAGCACCACGCUGCCCACCCACCCUGCCAGCCUCACAACCCCUGGCAGUGCCGGCAUCCUGGGGCUGACUGCAGAGCCACCUGUGGCCUCCCCAGCAGCGGUGCCAGCAGGGACAAGCACGCGGCCCACUGUUGGCUCCACCAGCCCUGCUGUGCCACCUGCCACCAGGCUGCCAGGUGUUCCCACCACCACCAUCACCCCCGAGGGGCCACCCUCUCCUAGUCCCCCCUCACCUGGCAUGGCAGCAGUAACGGUGUCACGCCCUGUGACAGAACUGCCUGUGCCCCCCACUGGGGUCCCCACUCCAACGUCUGCAGGUAAGGAGCCACCCCUGCCCCGGCUCCUGUGCCCCCCGGACCAGUUCCUCUGUGAUGCCUUGGGCUGUGUGGAUGCAGCCAUGGUCUGUGAUGGGCAGCAGGACUGCCUGGAUGGCUCUGAUGAGGCGCACUGCGGUGAGGCCUGUCCCACAGGAGCCCCCCCAGCACCCCAGGCCUGGCCCACCUGCUCCCCCAAGCAGUUCUCCUGCAGCACCGGUGAGUGCCUGGCCCUGGAGAAGCGCUGCGACCUGAACCGCGACUGCGCCGAUGGCUCUGAUGAGAGCAGCUGUGCCGACUGCAUCCUGUCCCCAUGGGGUGGCUGGAGCCAGUGCAGCCACUCCUGUGGGUUGGGGGUGACAUCUCGCCAGCGGGUCCUGCUGCGGGCUGCCCUGCCUGGGGGCACCUGCCUCACCCCCCGCCUUGAUACCCGCUCCUGCUUCCUGCGUGCCUGCCCAGUGCCUGGUGCCUGGGCAGCCUGGAGUGCGUGGUCCUCCUGUGAUGCUGAGUGUGGGGGGGGCAUGCGGAGCCGCAUCCGGAUCUGCACCGACCCCCCACCCAAGAACGGUGGCCAGCCCUGUGUUGGAGAGGCCCUGCAGAGCCAGUCCUGCAACCUACAGCCCUGCGGGGCCACCCAAGAGUGCGGCCCUGGCAUGGUGUUGGUGCAGGAAGGGGACUGCGCGCAGGGCCUGGUGCCACCCUGUCCCCAAAUCUGCGGGGACCUGAGUGCCACCAGCAGCUGCCAGAGUCCCUGCCAGGACGGCUGCCGGUGCCCGCCGGGGCUCUUCCUGCAGGAAAGCACCUGCGUCAAUGCCAGCCACUGCCACUGUCACCAGGGCCAGCAGCGCUGGCUGCCCGGCCAGGUCUUCCUGCGGGACGGCUGCAGCCGAUGCGUGUGCCAGGAUGGGGUGGUGACAUGUGAGGACAUGGCCUGUCCCAUCGCCUGCGCCUGGUCUGCCUGGUCACCGUGGAGCUUCUGUGACCGUAGCUGCGGUGUGGGCAUGCAGGAGAGGUUCAGAUCCCCAUCCAACCCUGCGGCAGCCAAUGGUGGAGCCCCGUGUGAUGGGGACACCCGGGAAGUGCGUGAAUGCCACACACCCUGUGCCACCACUGAGCCUAGCAGUGGUUGGAGCUCCUGGACCCCGUGGUCGCCCUGUUCCCAGAGCUGCUUCCACCACGUGGACCGGCGUGGCCACCGGCACCGCUUCAGGCACUGCGAGGGGAUGGGGACCUGCCCAGGGCUGGGGGUGCAGAAGGAGCCCUGUGACACAGCUCCCUGCCCAGUGGCAGGUGUCUGGAUGCCUUGGUCUGCCUGGUCUGAGUGCUCUGCUCCGUGCGACGCUGGUGUGCAGACACGCAGCCGAAGCUGCAGCCCCCCGGCUUUCGGUGGUGCCGAAUGCACAGGGCCCCUCCUCCAGACCCGUGGCUGCAACCGCCAGCCCUGCAGAGCACAGUGCCCUGAUGCCAUGCGAUACCUCACGGCAGAGGAGUGCCAGCACAGUGGGGAGCGAUGCCCACAGAUCUGCCAGGACCUGGGCACUGGUGUGGCAUGCAUUGCACAAUGCCAGCCUGGCUGCCACUGCCCUGCUGGGCUCCUGCUGCAGAACGGGACCUGCGUGCCACCCAGCCACUGCCUCUGCCACCACCAAGGCCGCCUGUACCGGCCCGGGGACAUCAUUGCACUCGAUACUUGCAACAACUGCACCUGUGUGGCAGGGCAGAUGGUGUGCAGCACAGAGAUCUGCCCAGUGCCCUGCACCUGGAGCAACUGGACAGCCUGGAGCACCUGCAGCCACAGCUGUGAUGUGGGGAUGAGGCGGCGGUAUCGGGUGCCCAUUGUGCCACCCCUGGCCAGGGGGGAUCCACUUUGCCAGGGACCCAGCAUGGAGGUGGAGUUCUGCAGCCUGCAGCCCUGCCGUGCUGUGGCCCCAUGGGGUCCGUGGUCGGGGUGCUCGGUGACCUGCGGGGGUGGCUACAGGAACCGCACGCGGGAAGGUCCCCCCCUGCACAGCCUGGAGUUCAGCACCUGCAACCCCACACCCUGCCCCGGCAAGGAGCCGGGGGUCUGCCCUCCCGGCAAGCAGUGGCAGGCGUGCGCCCAGGGCCCAGCCUCAUGUGCAGAGCUGAGCACGGCCCCCCCUGUUGAUGGGGGCUGCCACCCCGGCUGCUACUGCCCCCCGGGGGCACUGCUCCUGAGCAAUGAGUGUGUGGCCGAGGCGGAGUGUCCCUGUGCCGUGGAUGGUGUCCUCUAUCAGCCUGGGGAUGUUGUGCCACGGGGCUGCCAUAACUGCUCCUGCAUCUCCGGUCGGGUCACCAACUGCUCUCAGGAGGACUGCAGUGAUGUGGAUGGGCCCUGGACCCCCUGGACACCAUGGAGUGAGUGCUCAGCCUCCUGCGGGCCGGGCCUCCAGCGCCGGUACCGCUUCUGCUCUGCACACCCCGGGGUGCCCUGUGCAGAGCCACAGCCCCAGGAGCGUCCCUGCACCCGACAGCCCUGCCACACUCCUGACUGCACUGCCGUGCCAGGAUCGGCGUUCAGCCACUGCGGGCCCCCCUGUCCCCGCUCCUGCGAUGACAUCUCGCACUGCACGUGGCAUUGCCAGCCCGGCUGUUACUGCACCAACGGCACGCUGCUGGAUGCAACAGGCACAGCCUGCGUGGCCCCUGAGAGCUGCACCUGCCUGGAUGCGCGCAGCGGGCAGCGGCACCGGCCUGGGCAGAGCGUGCCACGAGGUGAUGGCUGCAACAACUGCACGUGCACCCAAGGGAGACUGCUGUGCACCGGGCUGCCCUGCCCCGUGCCCGGUGCCUGGUGUGAGUGGUCCCCAUGGACGCCAUGCUUGAGGAGCUGUGGGGAUGAGGCUGCCACGCGGCACCGUGUCUGCUCCUGCCCUGCCCCACAGCAGGGGGGGCCAGGCUGCCCCAGAGGACAGGAGGGCCACGGGGACACCGGGAUGCAGAUGCAGCACCAGAAGUGCCCCCCCGUGCCACCCUGCCCUGAGGACGGGGCCUGGGGUGCCUGGGGGCCCUGGUCGGGCUGUGGGGGCUGUGGGGGGCAGGCAGUGCGCACCCGCUCCUGCUCCAGCCCCCCUGCCCGCUUCGGGGGGCUGUCCUGUGCCGGGGAGGCACGCCAGAGCCGGCCCUGCCCAUGGGCCACCAGCACCUGCCCAGAGUGUGCUGGCGGUCUGGUGGCCUUCGCCUGUGGCAAGCCGUGUCCCCACUCCUGCAAGGACCUGCGGGAGGACACUGCCUGCAUGGCCACCCCCCGCUGCCUGCCCGCCUGCGCCUGUCCCCAUGGGCAGCUGCUGCAGGACGGCGACUGCGUGUCCCCGGAGCGCUGCCGCUGUGCGUGGGGACCCUCGGAGAAUGGGAGCAUCUGGGAGCAGGACGGGGCCGUCCCCAUGCGGGAGCUGCAGCCUGGUGAGACCUUGCAGAGACACUGCCAGAACUGCACAUGUAAAGCUGGCACACUGCAAUGCCGUGCAGAGCCCGGGUGCCGUGUGGAUGGGGGCUGGAGCCCCUGGGGGCCGUGGUCCCCCUGCUCCCCCGGCUGCCACGCCGGCACCCAGCUCGCCUCCCGCCAGUGCAACAACCCCACACCCCAACUCGGGGGUCGGGGCUGCUCUGGGCACAGCCAGCGCCAGAGACCCUGUCCUGCCACUGAGGGCUGCCCAGAAGAGGAGCCGUGGGGCGAGUGGUCCCCGUGGGGGCCCUGCAGCGUUUCCUGUGGUGGGGGGGAGCAGCUCCGCCAUCGGGACUGCCCCCACCCGGGGGGGUGCCCUGGGUUGGCCCUGCAGAGCAAGACCUGCAACAGCCACGUGUGUCGGGAGGCGGGCUGCCCACCGGGACGGCUUUACCGCGAGUGCCAGCAGGGUGAGGGCUGCCCCUACAGCUGUGCCCACCUCGCCGGCCGCAUCGCCUGCUUCCCUGGGGGGUGCCAGGAGGGCUGCCACUGCCCCGCCGGCACCCUGCUGCACCACGGCCACUGCCUGCAGGAGUGCCCCUGCGUGCUGACUGCCGAGGUUCUGAGGGAGCUCCGGAACAGCUCUGCUGACCCCCAGGCAGUCUCCCCUCUCCUGGGCACCCAGGGACCCCCAUUGGCACUGGACCAGGAGGUGCCACCCGGCAGCACCAUCCACUCUGCCUGCACCUCCUGCACCUGCCUCCACGGCCACCUCAACUGCUCAGAGCCCGUGUGCCCGCGGGACGGGGGCUUCUCACCCUGGGGUCCCUGGAGCAGCUGCUCGCGGAGCUGCGGGGGUCUGGGGGUGAUGACGCGCCGGAGGGGCUGCACCAACCCCGAGCCCGCCCGGGGGGGCCGGGACUGCGCCGGGCCGCGCUCCGACAGCAAGUACUGCCAGAGCCCCGAGUGCCCAGCCGUCCCCACGACGGAGCCCGGCCCCGGUGUCCCAGGUGUGGAGGAAGAGGACGGUUUCGGCCCCUGGUCCCCCUGGAGCCCCUGCUCCAAGACUUGCACGCACCCCGAGCGCCCGGCCACCAAGACCCGCGAGCGUCCGUGCAUCAGGACGGCCGCCUGCAGCGGGGACAGCUUCCAGGAGCAGCCGUGCAACCUUCCCCUCUGCUCAGACGUCCCCCCGUGCCAAGGCGAGGACUGCGCCGGCCUGAACUGCUCGUGGGCGCCGUGGGGGCCGUGGGCCGAGUGCUCCCGCAGCUGCGGUGUGGGGCGGCAGCAGCGGCUGCGGGCGUACAGCCCCCCCGGCGCGGGCGGCCGCUGGUGCCCGGGGAUCCUCAGCGCCUUCGUGCAGCGCCGCUUCUGCAGCCUGCAGGCGUGCAAAGUGGACGGUGCGUGGUCGGCAUGGAGCCCGUGGACCCGCUGCGACCGCACGUGUGGGGGGGGGCGAGCGGUGCGCAGCCGGUCCUGCACCCGACCCCCCCCCAAGAACGGGGGACAGCGCUGCCACGGAGAGAGACACCAACUGCGCCUCUGCAACGCCCAGCCCUGCGGCGACAGCUGCCCCCCUGGCAUGGCCCUGGUGACCUGUGCCAACCGCUGCCCCCGGCACUGUGGGGACCUACAGGAGGGCAUCGUCUGUGGGGAGGAGGAGCGCUGUGAGCCCGGCUGCCGCUGCCCCAACAGCACCCUGGAGCAGGACGGGGGCUGUGUGCCCCUCACACACUGCGAGUGCACAGACGCGCAGGGCCGCGGUUGGGUGCCGGGCAGCUCGCAUCGCGAUGGCUGCAACAACUGCACGUGUCUGGAGGGCCGCCUGCGCUGCACCGACCGCCUCUGCGCGCCGCUGCGCUGCCACUGGAGCCGCUGGUCCCACUGGUCUCCAUGCAGUGUCACCUGUGGGGACGGCCAGCAGACGCGCUUCAGGACACCUGCAGUGGGCUCAUGGGACGAGGAGUGCCAAGGGGAGCAGAUGGAGAACCGGGGCUGUGCCAUGGGACCCUGCCCACCCCUGUGCCCCCAGGGCAGCUGGGAGAGGAGGCUGGGGGACACGUGGCUGCAGGGCGAGUGCCAGCAAUGCACCUGCACGCCAGAGGGCACCGUUUGCGAGGACACCGCCUGUGCCGGGGCUGAACACUGCACGUGGGGCACAUGGAGUCCCUGCUCCCGGAGCUGUGGCACCGGCCUGACCUCCCGGGAGGGCUCCUGUCCUUGCCCAUCCCCGCGUCCCCCUGGUGCCCUCUGCAACGCCAGCACCGGGGAUGGAGCCAGAGCUCACCAGGAGGUGCAGGCCUGCUACCUUCGCCCCUGCCCAGCUGAGUGUUCCUGGAGUGUCUGGAGUUCCUGGAGCAGCUGCUCCUGCAGCUCCCCACUGCAGCACCGGCAUCGGCACCGACACGGCGCUGGCCUCUGCGUGGGGCUGGACGUGGAGCUGCGCCCCUGCAACACCUCGGGAUGCUCUGAAUCCAGCUGUGAGCCCCCCUUCGAGUUCCGGACCUGCAGCCCCCCCUGUGCCCAGCUUUGUUCCACACUGCAGCAUCCAGAACUGUGCCCAGCCCAGUCCCACUGCCUGCCUGGCUGCUUCUGCCCCCAGGGGCUCCUGGAGCAGCGUGGUGCCUGCGUGCCCCAUGAGCAGUGUGACUGCCUGCACGCCAAUGGGUCAGGCGGCCUGGUGACACUGUCCCCAGGGGACAUCAUCCUGCUGGGAUGCAAGGAGUGCGUGUGCCAGGAUGGAGCCCUGCAGUGCAGCAGUGAAGGCUGCCAGGGACUGCUCCCGCUGAGCCCCUGGUCAGAGUGGACGCCUUGCAGCACCUGCCUGCCCCUGUCCCCAUCCCACCUGGGGAAUGUCACACCACACGUGUCAGUGCAGCACCGCUACCGAGCCUGCCUGGACCCACAGAGCGGCCACCCUUGGUCUGGAGAUGCAGCUGUGUGCUCAGCUGAGCUGCAGCAGCAGCGGCUCUGCCCAGACCCUGACAUCUGCCAAGAGCUGUGCCUCUGGAGCCCCUGGGGGCCGUGGGGGCCCUGCCAACAGCCCUGCAGCGGGAGUUUCCGCCUGCGGCACCGCCAGCUCCAACACCUGGCAGGCAGCAGGCAGUGCCGGGGGGCACAGACCCAGAGCGAGGGCUGCAACACGGCCGUGUGCCCAGGGGAGGAUUGUGAGGAGCAGGGAAGGAUAUUCACCGCCACCUGUGCAAACAGCUGCCCCCGUGCCUGCACUGACCUCUGGCAGCACGUGGAGUGCGUGCAGGGGGGCUGCAAGCCAGGGUGCCGGUGCCCACAGGGGCAGCUGCUGCAGGACGGGGUGUGCGUGCCCACAGGCCAGUGCCGCUGCGGGCUGAACGGGGGCAACGGCACCCAGGAGCUGUGGCCAGGGCAGGAGGCCACUAUCGAGUGCCACAACUGCACCUGUGAGAAUGGCACCAUGGUGUGCCCAGCGCUGCCGUGCCCAUCCUAUGGGCCCUGGUCCACCUGGAGCCCCUGCUCGAGCAGCUGUGGCAGCGGCCGCACCUCCAGGCACCGUAUCUGCGAGCCGAGCCCUGGCGGGGUGCCCUGCACAGCCAGCGGGAUGCAGGAGACAGCUGAGUGCAGCCCCCAGCCCUGCCCUGCUGUCUGUCAGCUGAGCCCCUGGUCCCCCUGGAGCCCCUGCAGCAGCAGUUGUGGAGGUGGCCGCUCGGAGCGCAGCCGGGAGCUGCUGGGGGGUGAGGAGGAGCCGUGCCCCAUCCCAGCACUGCGGCAGCACCGCGUCUGCAACGUGCACAACUGCACGCAGGAAUGUCCCCACAGCCAGGUGCUCAGGGAAUGUGCCAACACCUGUCCCCACACCUGCGCCGACCUGCGCCCACAGACACAGUGCCUCCCACAGCCCUGCCAGCCUGGAUGCGCCUGCCUGCCCGGACAGGUGCUGCAGGAUGGUGCCUGCGUGCCCCCUGAGGAGUGCCACUGCACGCUCGACCCCACCAUGCCUGGAGUGCUCAACCUGUCACGGGAGGAGCAAGAGCAGGAGCACGCACCAGGCAGCCGCCUGCAGCACCGCUGCAACACGUGCGUUUGCAUCCGUGGCAGCUUCAACUGCUCGCAGGAGGAGUGCAAUGUGGAUUGCCUGUGGUCCCCGUGGUCGCCCUGGUCCCCCUGCUCAGUGACGUGUGGGAUGGGUGAGCAGCUCUCACACCGGCACCCGCUGCGGCAGCGCCUCUAUGAGGGGGCUGAGUGCCUGGGGCCCCCCGUGCGCCAGGCUGCCUGUCACCUCCCUGACUGCGCCUGCCCAGAGGGGGAGCGCUGGCAGGGCCCUGCUGUGUCACCAAGCUGCGAGCAGAGCUGCAGGGACAUCCUCGAUGAGGCCCCUCCAGGCUGCACCCCUUCCCCAUCCCCUGGCUGCAUCUGUGAGCCCGGCCGCUACCGAAACAGCAGUGGCCACUGUGUGCCCUCUGCCCUCUGUGAGUGCCUGCACCAGGGGCAGCUGUACCAGCCUGGCAGUGAGUGGCAGGAGCAAUGUGCCAGGUGCCGCUGUGUGGAUGGCAAAGCCGACUGCACCGAUGGCUGCACACCGCUCUCCUGCCUCGAGGGUGAGGUGAAGGUGCGGGAGCCAGGACGCUGCUGUCCCGUCUGCAGGAUGGAGUGGCCGGAGGAGCCAUCCUCCAUGUGCCGGCGCUUCACCGAGCUGCGCAACAUCACCAAGGGUCCCUGCUCACUGCCCAACGUGGAGGUCAGCUUCUGCAGCGGCCGCUGCCCAUCCCGCACCGCCGUCACCCCCGAGGAGCCGUACCUGCAGACGCUGUGUGAGUGCUGCAGUUACCGCCUGGACCCCGGCAGCCCCGUGCGCAUCCUCAGCCUGCCCUGUGCGGGCGGCGCUGCCGAGCCUGUCGUGCUGCCCAUCAUCCACAGCUGCGAGUGCAGCAGCUGCCAGGGUGGGGAUUUCUCCAAGCGCUGAUGCCCGGAGGGAAGUUGUCCUG